CUUCUUUUGUCAGCUGUCAUAUGUCAAAGUGGCAUGCGAAGCGCGUGUGUGUUGUGUUGUUUAUAAUUUUCUAACCUAGUUUUUCAACAGUUUUACGUGCAUUUUAUUGUGAAUAUGGUAAAAAGAAAAGCUCAGUCUUCUUUAUCUGAAGAAGAUGGUGAGGGUGACACACUCCUUGAUAGCUCAAAAGGGUCUGAAAAUGGUGUCUCUAAAGAUGGUGCUAAAAAGGUCAGAACAAAAAGUUUAUACCGACAACCGACUGUCCGGGAGCUGAACCGUCUCCAGGAAACCGAAACCUUGUUUAACUCCAACCUCUUCAGGCUACAGAUUGAAGAAAUACUUGAAGAAGUCAAAGUAAAGGAGAAAACAGUGACCAAAUUCCAGCAGUGGUUUGAAACAUUAAAGAAACACCUUGACAACAUCAGUGAAAAUAGUACAGAGUACGAUUUAUCCGAAAAUACUCUAUUUAAAGAACUCAAAGUCAAAACACCAGUCAGCAGCAGCCUGAAGAAAACAAAAUGUGUUUUUAAGUUUCACAAGUUUCAGGAAGUAGAAAUAGUAGGUUCUUAUGGCCUAGGGUGUCCUAUUAACUCGAAACUUACAGUUGACAUACAAAUAACUGUUCCAGCUGACACAUACACCAAGAAUGAUUCAAUAAACUACAGAUACCACAAGAAGCGAGCAGCCUAUCUAGCAUACAUAGCUUCACACUUGAAAAAUGUUGACACAGUUGAAGACUUGAAAUAUUCCUGGCUGAAUGGCUGUGAGUCUAUGCCAGUUCUAGAUUUAAAACCUGCUGGGAAACUAGGGAACCAUGUGUCAGUGAGAAUACAUUUGUCCUGUGAACCAGACGCCUACAAGUUGCACAGAUUCAGUCCAUCUAGAAACAAUCUAAGGGAAUCCUGGCUAUUGUCUGAGGAAAGUCCUGAAAACGCUACAGAAGUAGGUCCACCGACUCCUUACUACAACAGCAGUGUGCUGUCUGAACUGACAGCUUCAGCCAAUCAGGAGUUUUUGGCGGGAGUUCUGGCCAAUGGGGAGAACUUGAAGCAGGCAAUUGUUUUGUUGAAGAUAUGGCUCAGACAAAGAAGGUUGAAGGUGCCUGGUCAUGUUGUGAGCAUGUUUGUGGCACAUCUGGUGCAGAGUAAAAGGAUUAACAACAUUAUGAGCAGCUAUCAGAUUGUGAGGAAUGUCUGGAUAUCAUUGAAAACAUCAGAAUGGGACACAAAAGGCAUGUCCGUAAAGAAACCCCCAGAAGGCUCACCAUCACUUGAAGAAUUCCUCGGUCACUUUCCUGUGGUCUUCCUCGAUGCUACGGGCUACUACAACAUCUGUUGGCAGAUGCACAGAGGGACGUACCAAGCCUUGAAGAGGGAGAGUGCCUUGGCAGUGGAAAUGCUUGACAAUACAUCAAUAAACAGCUUUAUACCACUCUUCAUGACUCCUGUUACACCAUUGGUGCAGUUUGACAAUAUAUUAAAAUGCAAAGACCUACAAAAGAUCAAAGAAGCAGUAUACAGCAAGACUCCUAAAGAGGCGAGAGUGAACUAUGGCAUAGAUAAACUGUCACUAGUUACUGAGACCAUCCACACUCUCCUAGCCAAGGGUUUGGGUGAUCGUGUCCACUUGAUACUGCAAGUUGUGGAGAAUGACUUCAGCUGGCCAGUGAAAGAAAGUGUGGAUAAGGCUAAAAAUAGUGAUUACGAAGAAAAGCUAUCAUUUGGGUUCAUACUGAACGCUGAAAACGCGAUGAAUCCAGUUAUGAAAGGACCGUCCGCCAAUCUACCGGAAGCUGAAGUAUUUAGGUCAUUCUGGGGCGACAAGUCGGAGCUGCGUCGGUUCCAAGACGGCGCCAUCACUGAGGCGUGCGUGUGGCGCGGCGGCGGCGCGGCCGAGCGGCGCGGGGUCACGGGAGAGAUUGUACAGUAUCUACUCGCGUUGAAGUAUGGCAUAACAAAGGAGACCUUCUACGUAGCGGACCAACUCGACAGCAUAUUAACCUGCAAGGCGUUUGCUGACCUCGGGUCAGUCGAAGAGAUGAGUUUCGAAGUGAUUCAGGCAUUCGACGAUCUCCGCCGACAGUUACGCUCGUUGGCCGACGUGCCGCUAGAUGUCAGCUCUGUGUAUGGCACAUCCCCCGUACUCUCAACCUCCUGCCCCUGCCCCGCGCCCCGCGCGCGCCCCCCCGCGCGCCCGUGGCGCCGCCACGCCGCCUGUCUGCUGAAGCAGUACGGGAGCCCGCCCGUGUGCCCGCCGUAUGUUGGUGUUACUAGUGCUGUUGUUGAGUUGGGCCACAGCGGAAAAUGGCCAGGAGACUUGCAAGCGUUCCGCGCCCUAAAAGCCGCGUUCAACCUUCAAAUUUCCGAACAGAUCACCAAACAAUACAACCUGCCCACACAACCGUACCCAACACACAUUGACGUAUUGAAAUCUGGAUACGUGUUUCGUCUAGAAAUCGCCCAUCCGAAAGAGAUAACCCUGCUAAGAAAGGAGGUUGAGGGUGGCGUGGUGAAAUAUAGGGAUACGGAGGAGAGUUUGAAUUUGCAGCUUAAUACUGUACUGAUGCCGCGUUUGAGAGGAGCUUUGCAUGGCUUACAACAAACCCACUCAGCCUUCGGUCCAACAGCCUGCCUCUUCAAGCGCUGGCUUUGCUGUCACCUGCUAGACGAAUCGCACUUCCCGCCAACAGUGGCCGAGUUGCUAGCGGCCGCCAUUUUCCUCAAACCGGAACCGGAAACGGCGCCAUUGAACCCGCUGAUUGGCUUCGUGAGGACGCUCAAGUUGUUGGUGAAUACUGAUUGGACGAAGGAUAUGUUGGUGUUGAAUUUGACGCAUGAGUUUAGUGCUGAAGAAACUUCCGAGCUAGAACGCAAGUUCUCAACAAGAGACACGUCCACCCCUCCAUACCUCCACAUCGUGACUCCAUUCGACGGAGACACCCCCAGUGUUUGGAGCAGACAGGCCCCCACUAAGCCUGUCUUGUGCCGGGCUGUGGCGUUGGCUAGGAGCACUAUUGGGUAUUUGGAGAAGGCUUUGCUUGAAGACAAUAAGGAGCAGGUUUUGUCAGCCUUCGCCCCAUCCCUAAAAGGCUACGACGUAUUCAUCCAUCUACACCCGUCUCUGGUCCCACACCGCUCUGAACGUGUGGACCAGCCGCGAGGCAAGAGGACCAGCGAGGAGCCACGAAGCGACCAGACUACGGGCGAGUUUGGAGAGGUCAUACCGGUGGCGGAGUUCCAUCCUGUUAGACGGUACCUGCAGGAGCUGAGAAGUGCAUACAGCGACUUCGCGUUAUUCUUCCACGACACAUACGGCGGUGACGUCAUCGCGGUGCUCUGGAGGCCCGACAUCGACGAGCCCAAGGAGUUCCAGGUAUCAACAGCAAACGCCCUGAAGCCCGUCACAGAAGGCUCGCAACAGUACAGAGUGAACAAGCAAGCGAUCGCGGCUGACUUCGCGUUACUCGGCCAAGGGCUGGUCAAGGAAGUGAUAGUCACGUGAUGGGUGAUUAUUGAGUUGAUAUUAUAGUAGAGCUGUUAUGUA